GUCAGUUCUGGCAUCCCCAUAACCGGGCCAUGUUCUUCAAGGGAUUCAUAUUAUUACAUUUCAAUUCUGUGCAUAACUUUGUCAUUGCUUGCACCAUGUGCUCCUCUCUUUUACCUUCUAUUUUGUCAGCGUGCCUCUGUGACCAGUGUAUUGAUCUUGAGCUUAUUUCUCAUUCAUUUGGUUUCAGUUUCAGUGAAAACAUUAUCACCGAUCCUGGUUUUGUGGAUAUAUUUCCAGCCUCACGAAUGCCGAAACAUAUGCAACAUCUUCUUAAGCCCAUUUAUCACACCAUGACUGGUGCAUCAAAGGAACCACUAGGAUCAAGAGAUACGGUAAAAGAAAAGGGAUUCCGUGUGACAACAGAUCCGGGUACUCUAUCCUCUAUACUGAAAUGGGCAUCAGAUGCUGAGUUCUUGGAAUAUUUUGGGAUUUCUUUACAGGUCAGGAAACAAUCAUACAUAUCAGGAAAUUCAGUUCCGCAUGCGAACCUUGGUGUCCUUGAUAAGCUUAUUGCAGCUCGUCAUGAGCUUGCAAAGAUAAUGGGGUAUAAAUCUUACGCUCAAUUUGCAGUUCAUCCGAAUAUUGCAUCAUCACGAGAGGUUGUGAUGCCCUUUUUGCUUGAUUUAAGUAAGAUUGUUACGCAUAAGGCUGAUGAGGUAAAUUUGUGUCCUUUCUUGGGUGUAGUUUUGAUCUUUUUCCCAAUUUUUUCAGUUGUAGUAGAGUGUGAAGUUUUUCUAGUACUUUCUGGAUGUCUUUUUUCCCUUUGUAGGAGUUUAAGGCAAUUAGGGACUUCAAGAGGAAAAUAUGCAAUGAAGAUUGUGCAAACUUGGAGCCAUGGGAUGAAGCUUAUUUCACGGGAAUGAUGAAGUCUUCUACCUUCAACUUAGACUCCUCCGUAAGUUGAACCAUUGUUGUUUCAUGAAUUUUACCUGCUUUCUUGUGGCACAACUCCUUGCGUGACUUGAGCCUUAGAUGUCUUUUUAAACCAAACUUGAAAACCCAAAUCUAAAUCCGAUCCCGAAGCCGAACCCGAACCCGAACCCGAACCCGAUUUCCUAAACCUAAACCUUAACCUAUUCUCAAUUCCCUAAAGUUAUAACCUGUAACCUAAACCUUAACCUAAACCUAUAACCUAUACUUAUAACCUAAACGUAAAACCUAAAC